GUUUCCCACAAUGCAGCGCGGCGCGCUGUCCCCGGUGCUGAUGCUCAGCGCUGCCCCGGAGCCUCCGCCGCGCCCGCCUCCCGCCCUUUCCCCGCCGGGCCCCAGCCCCCGCCAUGGGUCGGCUCGGUCCAGUCCUACCCCAGAGGCUUCGGGAGCCCUGGGUGCGGCGCUCGACAGCAGCCUGCGGGCCGCCGUGGCGUUUAAGGCUGAGGGUCAGCGCUGCUACCGGGAGAAGAAGUUCCGGGAAGCCAUCGGCAAGUAUCAUCGAGCGCUGCUGCAGCUGAAGGCGGCGCAGGGAGCCCGCCCGGGAGGCCUGCCCGCCCCCACCCCCGGGCCCGCCACCAGCCCCGGGCCAGCCCGCCUCAGCGAGGAGCAGCGGCGCCUGGUGGAGAACACAGAGGUGGAAUGUUACGACUCCCUCACGGCCUGCCUCCUGCAGUCGGAGCUGGUGAACUAUGAGCGGGUGCGCGAGUACUGUCUCAAGGUGCUGGAGAAGCAGCAGGGCAAUUUCAAGGCUACCUACCGCGCCGGCAUUGCCUUCUACCACCUGGGCGACUAUGCACGCGCCUUGCGCUACCUGCAGGAGGCCCGCAGCCGGGAGCCCACAGACACCAACGUCCUGCGCUACAUCCAGCUGACUCAGCUCAAGAUGAACCGCUGCAGCCUCCAGCGGGAAGACAGUGGGGCCGGGCCCGGGACUCGGGAUGUCGUUGGCUGAGGCCAACCUGGGGGGGACUGUCCCUAUUCCCCCCCACCCCACCUCACUUCACCGUGUAACUUCCCCUGACUCGUGUUCUCUGGUAAAGCACUCGUCACUGGUGACCAUAA